CCCUCCUCUUCCCAUCCCCAUCCAAAACCAAAACCCUCGCAAAACCUCUCCCCAUUCCACCCCCGCCUCCGCCAUUUUCAACCAGCGGCGACCACCGCCACCGCCACCUCGCCCUCCAAUGCGGCAGUAGCCUUGCCGCCUCACCCAGCGAAGCGAUGGCCCUCUCCGCCGCGCUCCGCGUCCCGCUCCCGCGCCUCCUCUUCCUCGGCCCCUCCGCCUCCGUCCUCGGCGCCGCCUCCCGCCGCCGAGCCACCGCAGCCCCCGCGGCCGCCCUCCGCUUCCUCGCCUCCUCGUCCCCCAGGUCCGCGCCCUUCUCCUCGCGCUCCGCGCGGCCCCUCCGCUCGCGCCGCCGCGACCGUGACGGCGAUGGGCGCGCGGCGGCCGCCGGCGGGGGUGUGGGCGGCGGCGGGGAGGGCGACGGAGGGGGCGUUGCGGUCAAGGAGCGGAUUGUGCCCGUGGAACUGCACAAGGAGGCCACGGAGGCCUACAUGGCGUACGCCAUGUCCGUGCUGCUCGGCCGCGCGCUCCCCGACGUCCGCGACGGGCUCAAGCCCGUGCACCGCAGGAUACUCUAUGCCAUGCAUGAGAUGGGUCUUGCGUCUCGUAGGCCAUUCAGAAAAUGUGCCAGAGUUGUUGGUGAGGUACUAGGUAAGUUUCAUCCACAUGGAGAUACAGCUGUAUAUGAUAGCUUGGUGAGGAUGGCUCAGGAUUUUUCAAUGAGGUACCCGCUUGUACAAGGACAUGGAAAUUUUGGCUCGAUAGAUGCAGAUCCUCCUGCUGCAAUGCGAUACACAGAGUGCCGCUUGGAUUCACUAGCAGAAGCCAUGUUCUUGACUGAUCUGGAGCUGAAUACAGUUGACUUCGUACCAAACUUUGAUAACUCACAGAAGGAGCCAUCUCUGCUGCCAGCUCGUGUUCCAUCUCUAUUGUUGAAUGGUUCUUCUGGGAUUGCGGUUGGAAUGGCAACAAACAUUCCUCCUCAUAAUCUGGGGGAGCUUGUUGAUGCUCUUUCUAUUAUGAUUCAAAACCCUGAAGCCACACUCCAAGAACUACUGGAAUGCAUGCCUGGUCCUGACUUCCCUACAGGAGGGACAAUCCUAGGAAAUCAAGGUAUUUUGGAAGCCUAUAAAUCUGGACGUGGCCGAAUUGUUGUGAGAGGAAAGACUGACAUCGAAACCAUUGACGAAAAAAGCAAGCGCACAGCUAUAAUCAUUAAAGAGAUUCCAUACCAAGCUAACAAAGCCACUCUCGUGGAAAAGAUAGCUGAGCUUGUUGAAGAGAAGGUAUUGGAAGGUAUAAGUGAUAUCCGGGAUGAAAGUGACCGCACUGGAAUGCGUGUAGUAAUCGAGCUGAAAAGAAGUGCAGAUCCUGCCAUUGUCCUGAACAACUUGUAUCGUCAUACAGCUCUGCAGUCUAGUUUUAGCUGCAACAUGGUAGCUAUACUUGAUGGACAGCCAAAGUUAAUGGGACUGAAAGAAAUUCUUCAGGCAUUCCUCGACUUCCGAUGUUCUGUUGUCGAAAGGCGUGCAAGAUUUAAGCUUUCACAAGCUCUAGAAAGAAAACAUAUUGUGGAGGGCAUUGUUGUUGGCCUUGACAAUUUGGAUGCUAUGAUUCAAAUAAUACGAGAAACUUCAAACCAUGCUGCAGCAGCAGAAGCUUUAGUCAAGGAAUUUGGUUUAUCUGAGAAGCAAGCUGAAGCUCUGUUGGACAUCACACUAAGGAAGCUUACUUCCCUUGAGCGGAAAAAAUUUGUUGAUGAAGCUAAAACUUUGUCAGAGGAAAUUUCUAAGUUAAAUGACCUUCUGUCAAGCAAGAAGCUUAUCUUUCAGCUUAUUCAACAAGAAGCCACUGAUUUGAAAAACAAGUUUUCCACACCGCGACGUUCUUUCAUAGAUGAUUCAGUUAACAGUGAAGUUGAUGAUAUUGACAUCAUUCCAAACGAGGAAAUGCUUUUGAUUCUUAGUGAGAAAGGCUAUGUUAAGCGGAUGAACCCCAACACGUUCAAUUUACAAAAUCGAGGAACCAUAGGAAAAUCUGUUGGAAAAAUGCGAAUGAAUGACACAGCCUCUGAUUUCAUUGUAUGCCAGACACAUGACCAUGUUCUUUAUUUCAGUGACAAGGGCAUAGUAUACUCAGCACGUGCUUAUAAGAUACCAGAAUGUACUAGAACUGCUACUGGAACUCCUUUGGUACAGCUUCUACCUUUAUCUGAUGGAGAGCGAAUAACCUCCAUCAUUCCUGUGAGUGAAUUUGGUGAAGACCAAUAUCUAGUGAUGCUCACUGUUAACGGCUACAUCAAGAAAGUCCCUCUUAAUGCUUUUUCAUCGAUCAGACCUUCUGGGAUCAUAUCAAUUCAACUGGUUCCUGGUGAUGAGCUCAAAUGGGUCCGUCACUGUGGCAAUGAUGACCUGGUUGCAUUGGCUUCACAAAAGGGGAAGGUUAUAGUCAACUCAUGCGAUAAGAUUCGUCCCCUGGGAAGGAAUACCAGGGGUGCUGGUGCGAUGAAGCUAAAAGAAGGUGAUAAGAUGGCAGCCAUGGAUAUAAUUCCAGCAGCAGUGGACAACAUGCCUGAAAGUUAUAGCAGCAGGGUCAGAAAUCGGAGUCCCCCAUGGCUGCUUUUCAUAGCUGAAAAUGGUAUUGGGAAACGGGUGCCCUUAAAUGCAUUCCGGCAAUCAAGAUUCAACGUUGUAGGUUUGGUGGGCUACAAGCUUCCAGCAGAUUGUCGCUUAGCUGCUGUAUUUGUUGCUGGUCUUUCACUCGGUGAUGAUGGUGAAAGUGACGAGCAGGUUGUUUUAGUUAGCCAGAGCGGCACUGUAAACAGAAUCAAGGUUAAAGAUAUAUCCAUCCAGUCUCGUUAUGCAAGGGGAGUAAUUCUGAUGAGGCUGGAGCAUGCCGGAAAGAUACAGUCAGCUUCACUGAUAUCUGCGGCGGCAGCAGAAGUCACUGAAGAUUAAUCUUGCUUCCAAGAAGCAAGUAGUUUAGUCUAAAUUAAAGCCCUGGGUGUGCACCGCGUGCCUAUUGAGCAUGCAUUUUUGAACUGUUUCCUGUCGCCGGUAGGAUUCAGGAAUUCUGAUAGUUCCCACGCCAAGGGCCAUGGCAUAGUUAGCAGCUGAUGAUUUGGUGGAUAGAUCUCCUGUGGCCAUUAACCUGUCAAGAAAUGUAGGUUUUACCCGCAGAACACAGUAUUAUUCAUGCGAUGAGUGGUGGAUGUAAAAUGGCACGUUGGCUUGCAAAAUUUAUGCCUCUACGGUAUUCCUCUUGGAUUGGCCUGGGCUCCGAUACAUAUCAAGUUUCGAAUGUGUUCA